UCCCUCCCCUGUGCCCUCCCCUGGAGCCGCCGCCGCCUCCGCCGUCGCACACGGAGACAUGUACCCGGGAGCCCCCUCCGCCGGACCCGUGCUCACACCUCCUCCACCGUUGCCACCACCAAUACAGGGAUAUGCCUUUAAACCACCUCCUCGACCAGAUUUUGGCACUUCCGGGAGAACAAUCAAACUGCAGGCCAACUUCUUUGAAAUGGACAUUCCUAAAAUAGAUAUCUACCAUUAUGAAUUGGAUAUAAAGCCAGAAAAAUGCCCUAGAAGAGUUAACAGAGAAAUAGUGGAGCAUAUGGUUCAGCACUUUAAAACCCAGAUUUUUGGGGACCGCAAACCAGUGUUUGAUGGAAGAAAAAACCUUUACACAGCUAUGCCACUUCCCAUCGGGAGAGAUAAACAGGUGGAGCUGGAGGUCACGCUGCCAGGAGAAGGAAAGGACAGAAUAUUUAAGGUGGCUAUAAAGUGGAUGUCCUGUGUGAGUUUGCAGGCUUUACAUGAUGCUCUUUCUGGCCGGCUGCCAAGUGUCCCGUUUGAGACCAUCCAGGCACUGGAUGUAGUGAUGAGGCACUUGCCUUCCAUGAGGUAUACUCCCGUGGGGAGAUCUUUUUUUACAGCAUCAGAAGGGUGCUCAAAUCCUUUGGGUGGUGGCAGGGAGGUUUGGUUUGGCUUCCAUCAGUCAGUCAGACCUUCAUUGUGGAAAAUGAUGUUAAAUAUUGAUGUGUCUGCAACUGCAUUUUACAAAGCACAGCCAGUGAUCGAGUUCGUAUGUGAAGUUCUGGACUUCAAAAGUAUUGAAGAACAACAAAAACCUCUGACAGAUUCCCAAAGGGUAAAGUUUACCAAAGAAAUAAAAGGUCUAAAGGUGGAGAUAACACACUGUGGACAAAUGAAAAGGAAGUACAGAGUGUGCAAUGUCACCAGACGACCAGCAAGCCACCAAACAUUCCCACUUCAGCAGGAGAAUGGACAAACAGUUGAAUGCACUGUAGCUCAGUAUUUCAAGGACAGGCAUAAAUUAGUUUUACGCUAUCCUCACCUUCCAUGUUUACAAGUUGGACAGGAGCAGAAACACACAUACCUUCCUCUGGAGGUGUGCAACAUAGUGGCAGGACAAAGAUGCAUAAAGAAACUCACUGACAAUCAAACUUCCACUAUGAUUCGAGCCACUGCCAGAUCAGCACCGGACCGUCAAGAGGAGAUCAGCAAGUUGAUGCGGAGUGCAAGUUUUAACACCGACCCUUAUGUUCGGGAAUUUGGGAUAAUGGUCAAAGAUGAAAUGACGGAUGUGACCGGCAGAGUCCUCCAGCCUCCCUCAAUCCUCUAUGGAGGCAGGAAUAAAGCAAUUGCUACACCAGUUCAAGGAGUCUGGGACAUGAGGAAUAAACAAUUUCACACUGGGAUUGAAAUAAAGGUCUGGGCAAUCGCGUGCUUUGCUCCCCAGCGCCAGUGCACUGAAGUUCAUCUGAAGUCCUUUACAGAACAACUGAGGAAGAUUUCCAGGGAUGCUGGAAUGCCAAUCCAGGGGCAGCCGUGCUUCUGUAAAUACGCGCAGGGAGCCGACAGCGUGGAGCCCAUGUUCAGACACCUCAAGAACACUUACACUGGGCUGCAACUUGUCGUGGUGAUUCUGCCAGGAAAAACACCAGUCUAUGCGGAGGUGAAGCGCGUUGGCGACACCGUGCUUGGAAUGGCCACACAGUGUGUUCAGAUGAAAAACGUCCAGAGAACAACACCACAAACCCUGUCUAACCUUUGCUUAAAAAUAAAUGUCAAAUUAGGAGGCGUAAAUAACAUUCUGCUGCCACAGGGAAGACCCCCAGUAUUCCAGCAGCCUGUCAUAUUCCUUGGUGCAGACGUAACUCACCCACCAGCUGGAGAUGGGAAAAAGCCUUCCAUUGCUGCAGUUGUGGGAAGCAUGGACGCUCAUCCCAACCGAUACUGUGCCACCGUUCGGGUCCAGCAGCACCGCCAGGAAAUCAUCCAGGAUUUGGCUGCCAUGGUCAGGGAGCUGCUCAUCCAGUUCUACAAAUCAACGAGGUUCAAACCGACUCGGAUCAUCUUCUACAGGGACGGUGUUUCGGAGGGGCAGUUUCAACAGGUGCUGCACCACGAGCUGCUGGCCAUCAGAGAGGCUUGCAUUAAACUAGAGAAGGAUUAUCAGCCUGGAAUCACAUUUAUAGUUGUGCAGAAAAGGCAUCACACCAGACUCUUCUGCACGGAUAAAAACGAACGGGUUGGAAAGAGUGGAAACAUUCCAGCUGGUACCACAGUGGACACAAAAAUCACCCACCCAUCAGAGUUUGACUUUUACCUGUGUAGUCAUGCUGGGAUUCAGGGAACAAGCAGACCCUCUCAUUACCAUGUCCUGUGGGAUGACAAUCGUUUCUCCUCGGAUGAGCUGCAGAUCCUCACCUACCAGCUGUGUCACACGUACGUACGCUGCACCCGCUCCGUGUCCAUCCCCGCACCAGCGUAUUACGCACACCUGGUUGCCUUCAGAGCCAGGUACCAUCUGGUGGAUAAAGAGCAUGACAGUGCUGAAGGAAGCCACACUUCUGGUCAGAGCAAUGGCAGAGACCACCAAGCACUUGCCAAGGCAGUUCAAGUUCACCAGGACACGCUGCGCACGAUGUACUUUGCUUGACAUGUUUUAAUGUUUAGCGACUCCGUACGAGACAGAGUUGGAUUCACACAAGACCAGCUGCACUUAGACCAACCCCAGCUCCAGGGGCAGCCAGCAAUGAGUGACACAUCUUAAUUCCUUUCUUUCCCGUUUUGCAAGGAAGCCUUCCGUCCAGAAUUUCAGACUUGAUUACAAACUGCAUUCUUGUACCAAACCCCACUAUUGUUGGAAAUGUGGUUUGCCAAAAAAUCUCUAAGCUGCUUGGUAUAAAACAGACCCAUUUUAUAAUUAAAUCAAGAGCUGCAUUCUCAGGGCUUAGGGAAGGAAAAAACAAACAAACAAAAAACCAACAACCCAACCCACAAAACUCCUCAUUCAGUUUGCUGUUCAUUGAGUUGCUUUUAAUAAUUUGGAAAGAUCUAAUUCAUACUAAGGUUUGAUGAGCUAAAAUGCUGUGAAUUACCUUUUAAUGCAAAGCAAAGCAUUUUUUUACUAUUUAUGAAGCCUUGAUUAUUCUAGAUGAAUUUACAAAAUUUUUAUUUUCAAAAUAAGAGAGUGACAAAAUCCUGGUUUUCAACUGUCUUAUAAAGAUUAUUCUCAGAUUAUUCUCUGUGUGUCUAAGGGCAAAUGUAUUUUCUGAAGCUUGUUCUUGAAUGUUUUUUAUUGUGCUGCAUUUGAAAAUGUUUUUCAUAGGCUAAAGAUGAAUUUAAAAAAAAAAAAAUAAACUUGUACCUAAGCUUUUAAUAGCUCCAGUUAGAUUGGCAAAAGAAAAUGUGCCAUUUAAAAAACUUGUAAAGAUUUUUUUAAAAAUCAUACUGACAGCUAACUUUAGGAUUUGUCAUACAGGACUGUGACACUUACUUUCCAAAGUCUAUAAAGAAUACGGGUCUGUGGUGAUAAAUACAGUACAAUCCUUUUUCACUGUAGUUUGAGUUAAUGUAAAUUUUAUAUAUGUUUCACAGUAUUAAUGUGAUAGACUAGAUGCUAUUAUUUAUUUUUAUUUACUAAGGAGUGCUCAUUAUACUUCUGUUAACAUAUCAAGAAUGCUUUGAACUUAGAAAGUGAAAACCUUCUCGUGGGGACAUUUACUCUUCAAAUGCAAAAAUAUGCAAUCGAGGUGGUGAGAGCUCAGAGAUACAAACAGUGUCUGUUGUAGCUUGGGAUUUGCAGAAAGGCUUUUCAAACGUGCACACAACACAGCAGGUUUUACCUCUGCGGUUCAGAGACGCACACGAGACCAACACCCUCCGUUCAUUCAAGCACAAAACAAUUGUAUUUUAUUUAUAUGUUGAAGAUUGGUGAAGCAGGAGCUCCAGUAGGGGAGAGUGGCUCGCUGCAGGUUGGACAGAAGUCAGAGAAUCUAUGCAGUAAAGAUAAAUCAUAGGAAAACUGAAGUUUACUUAGGGAGGGAGGUGAAACUCUUCGUUAUGCAUGAGGUCCAUAGGAAAUGUGAGAGUUUUGCCAUUCUCUGAGGAGAAGCAUUAAUUACAACUGAUAAUUUCUAGACAGACGCUUCUGUUAGUUUGCACACUGGAUUCAUAAAAACCAUAACACACAUGUAAACCAUUGCACUAAUUACAAUGCCACAGGCAGGUUUAGGAGAAAAUGGAAAAAGCCCAGAAAACUUGUUUAUGCUGACUUGAUCUUGUUUGUUUUGCCAUAGGAAAACUGAAAUAACGUGCUAAAGAGGCAGGUUUGAAAAUUUUCAUUCUCUUCCACUGGUGGAUUUUGCUUUUUUUCCCUUUUCUCUGAGCAACUGCUCAGUCUGGUUUGGAUACUUUUACCUCUGGCCACUGGGACGGGCAAGUAGCUUUAACCCACACAGUGCUCUGGGCCAUAGAGCAGAUCCACUGCAACCAGUUGUUGUUGGAUAAGCUAGAAAAUGCCCAACCUUUGCUGCAUAAAGACUUUUAGGUACAUAAUUUUGUGCAAGUUCAGAUCUUCACCUUGUAGCAGUUGUGUUGGUUGUUGGUGUUUUUUGAGUGAGAUGUAAAAACUAUUAAUGGAAUCAUUGUGUUUGUAUUAUUCUAAUUUGGUGAUUAGGCUGCUGGGGCAGAGUGUCUUCUUGGUUGUAGUUAUAGAAAUUCAGAUUUAAAGCAAAUCUUAAGCCAAGUUUAGGUAGCACUGUCUGUCUUGCUGUGUCCCAGCCAGGUUAUACCUACCUCCCCCCAAGCACCCUAAACUGCAGAACCUUCCCAUGGUGGGUGUGUUGCACUUCCCCGUCUUUCCUUGAGAGGUUUCCUAUUUCAGUGAAGAUUUUAAUUUGGCAAAAGUUUUUAUAUAAGAAUUAUUUUUUUAUAUGAUAUGUUCUUAACACAUAGGAAAAAGACCAUCUGUUUUAAGACACCAUUUAGUUUAUCUUGCUGUCUGUUAUGCAGAGACCUCUUGGAUGUGAAAUUCAUCCCCCUCUUUCCAUGCAGAUCUGGGAUAAAUGACUUGUACAGGUGGUCAGAUGGGGCAAGGAGGGCAGGAUCUGUCUUGACCUCAAAUCUCAUUUCUGAAGCAGACUCUGGGACUUCACUGCAUCCUGUUUAGGAUGUUUUCUUUGUGAGAAAAGGUGUUUUAAGCAGGCCCUUAAUCUGAGAGUAGCUGUUGUCUGUGUAUCUUCUUGGAAUUAGCAGAAAUUUUGUGUAGCUUUCCUUCCCUGAGUAUGAAGAACUUGGGAUGGUUAUGUGCAUUUCAGGACAUUUUUACCCUUUACAGAUCUUUCUAAGCCUCUAAUACUGCUAAUUCUUUAUGCCUUGAUGUCUCCCUCCUUUCCCCUCCCACCAGUGAUGAAUUUCUGAAUGAUUUAAAGCAUUUUUCUAAAAAACACUGAUUAAGUAUAUACUUUGAAAAGUACAGCAUGCUGGCAGUCCAGCAGCUCUCUUUCUGGGAUUAUUCUUAAUAUAAAUUACGUAUUCAGGAAUGUCUCCUGUGAAAAAAACCCACCUCAAACACCUAAAAUCCUACUAUUUUUUUUUCCUUACCUCCCACGUGUUUGGUGUAGAACAGCAACAUCUCAGGUCAACACAAAGCUGAAGAAGUCUCAGUCUCACCCAGGUUCAAGCUGUAGCAGUCCCAGUUGAGGCCACAACUGUAACCACUGUGCAGCUCAGGGCAGCAAUAACCAAACAUGUCACCCCCAGGCACUUGGGAUAUUUUCCAGUCGUGUGACUCCCACUGCACAGCACCCCAAAAACCAGCAUCAGCAAGGACAAAAUGCUCCCCUUGGGAGGUAAAAAGUACUAUCAGCAGAUGUAAAACACUUGAAAGUUCUCUCUUUCCCUCCCCCCCCCCCCCAAUGUGCAAAACCUAAUGCAAUAACAAGGUUUGCCCGGUGGUGGAAAUUUCUGCUCCAGUGGCUGAAUAGAAUAACGUGUCCAAUUCCAUCUGUUCUAGCACCCAGGAAACAGCUGAGUUGAUCCUUAGGAGAAAAUGUCCUGCUGGGAAAUGCUGGAAGUAGGUGGAUUUGUCUCUGCCUUUCUGUGAGUUUGCAUUUCAGACAGCCCCUAUGCAAUGUAACCCUUCAGUGUGUGUGCACUGACGGACUGAGGGAGAUCACUUGUUUUAUCAGAGCUCCUUAUUUUGGCUUGGCUUGGUUUUGAAUAUUUGACUUUGUGAAUCACAAUCAAUGAUCUUCUGUCUCCCAGGAGCUUUGGCACAUUAAUCCCCUCAUUUCUAGAUCUGUCAGGGUCGGCUGAGUUUGCUCUCUGUUGUUAGGGAAAGCUCUUCUGUCUUAAUCUGCCGGGGCCAACAUGGAAAAUUUACAGGAAACUUAUGUUUAAAACAAGAAAUCCAUAGUAAAUACUUUUGAAAUCCGUAACAAAUACCUUUGAUCUCCUUUCAGGCCCCCAGGCAGCGUUCCCUGAUUGUAAAAGCAAAAAGGUUGUGAAGGUUUAGCUUUAACUCUGCCUCUGUCAGUAACUCCUGCAGCCUUCGUCCAUUUGAACAGUGUCUUGGUCUUGUUGGAAUAUUUUUAUAACAUGAGAUAUUUCCACAAGGGUUUUAAAAUUUAAACUCUAGGUGUGAGGAAUCUGGAAUUUUGUGUGCCCAAGUUAUUUUCUGAAAAGACUGAAGUUUCUAAGAUGCUUCUAAGGUUUUUUUGUACAUAUGUCCAAAGGCUUUUGAUGAAGUUGAAGGUUUUGGUCUGAGGGCUUUUUGAUUGCUGCCAGGGCUCUUUGCUUUGCUGCAGCAGCUGAUCCCUCAGACACAGGCUCACCUGUGUCUCACCUGUAGGAACCCCCAUUUCCUUCAUGCCCACGAAUCCAAAAUUUAACUGAGAGCAAGGCCAGGAGUAAGGCCUGUGUUAACACCCCCCAGCCAAAUUCAGUGGAUUGUUGUAGGGAUUUUAGUGGACUUGCAAAUUGUUUCUUUUUGAGGAAAAUGUUGAUCUUUGGGAGAGAGGAGAGGUUGGUUCUGCAGGUUCUGCUUAUUCAGGACUGCAUGUGCUGGGAAUGCAGGACUGGGACCUUUGGAGAUCAGAUGGACAUACUUGCUCUGGACUCAGUCAAAUAAGCAUCUCUGGUGGCAUAAAUAACCAUUAGGGACUCUUGGUUUUUUGUUUUUUUUUAGGACAUCUUUUACACAUUAAAUAAAUGAAUGUAAGAAGAGUUCUCAGUAUUUUUCACACUCGAGACCAGUGUAAUUAAAAUCACUUGUUUUCCUGGUUUUUUUAGUGUUCUUCUGCCAUAGCAUCUCUCUUUGUGUAUGAGACCUGCCAGUGUGGCUUUCCCCAUUCCUAAUGCAGGACAGUCCUUUGUUUUUUACUUUUAUAUCCAUUUGGUAACAUGCUUCUUCAUGCACACUUGCCAUCUUUUCUAAGGAAAACUUCCAAGUAGAAGGUAAUUGCACUGAUUUGUUUUGUUUUUUUUUUUUUUUAAACUCUCUUUUUACUGUAAGACUUCUUUGUGUUCUUUGAGGUUUUUUUGCAUCUGCUGUAGCUGUUUAAAAAUACUGUAAAUAGUGCUCUUACAGCAAAUACUGAAAUGCUGGGGAUACCAUUCCUGGUUCUGUUUUCCAGAAUACGGCCAUAUUUUACAGUGUCGAGAUACAAGCUUUGGUGUUUAAAUGUCGUUGUACUUUGAUUGCAUUAUGGUGUCAAUUCAGGAAGGGCACAGUUGCUUUAUUACAGUGGAAGUAUUUAGGGUUUGCCUGAAUUUAUAAAACAUUUCUUUCUUCUCUCCUCUGUGCACGUUUCUCCCGCACCACAGAGAUGCAGUUUUUAAGCUCUCCAUGUGCUCGCUGCCUGUGCAAUGCUCCAAUGCCAAUUUUGGUGUCAGUGAGAUGACUAAAAGCAUUAAUGCAAUAUCUGGAUUAUCAGCUGUAGCUGUCACCAGUUUUUCUUGCUUAUUCCAGGAUCUGAUCCUUGUGUUGUAGAAGCAGAACCAGUGUAUGUGGCAGAAUUAGUGGAAUAAGAGGGAUUUGGGAUCCACAUUACAGUGUCUUGCUGUCUGUCCCUCCGUGGCUGUGGGACUGGGGACUGCAGUGGAUGUUUUAGUGCUCUGAGAUAAGGAGUAGUGUUGGCUCUGGUUGAUUUCCCAUCCCUCAGCAAUUGCCUUUUGCUUCCAUAUGCCUCAGGAAUGGGAGAGACUCCAACUCCAGCCCCCUUGUCCAGAGUUAGGAUGCAAACCAGCCUGGUUUUGAGGGUUAAUGAUUGGAAAGAUGCAUUUCUGAGGGAUGUGUGAAGGAGUGUGUGUGUGUGUGUGGUGUGGCACAGAAUCAGUUUGAUCCCAGUCAGUGUUCCUGUUGCUCUGUCACAGAUGUUUCUUUGCCUGAAGUGUUGAUAUGAAUGUAAUUGCUUGGCCAAAUCACUACAAAAUGGGUUUGUGACACUCCUUAGAUACGAAGCAGGUGCAGUCCAAGGCUACCUCCUGUAUUCCUUCCCAGGUGAAUUCAUUUAAGUGAAUUUACCACUAAGCAGCCAAAAUCCCCGUUUGGGCCAGUCGCUUAGGAGUUGGACUCUGAUCCUUGUGGGUCCCUUCCAACUCAGCUCCCUCCGUAACCUUUCCCUUCACUUGAGUUUCUGUACUGUUUUUCCAAAUGAAAAAUGUUUCUGUACUUCAGGUUUUCACUGAAAAUGAUACGAAGGUGCUUGAAAUAUAUUUUGAAUCUGAGGCAAAAAAAUAUGUAUUGGAUUAUUUUUUUAAUGUAUUUUUUAGAUAAGUUGACAUGAGACUGUAAGAGUGAGAAUACUUUAUUCCCUUCUCAGAAAAUUAUAAACUUCAAAACGGGCAAAAAAAUCCCCCCGUACCAAAACACCAAAAAACAACCCUAAGCCUGGGUAUGUUCUUCUUGUGACUAUUUAAUGUCAGUUCUCUGCAAAGUCUUGGCUGAAACUCAACCUUGACAGAAGUGCAUAUAGACUGAAGGUGCUUUAAGUGACCUGAAAUGAAACUGUAGAAAACUGUGCUAAUACAUCAGACUUUGUUUACAAUGAAUCCAAACAAGCUUCCUCGUCUCAGAACGAACCACUCUGCUGAGCACAGAAGUGCUACCUGUUGGAGCACAGUGUGCUGGUGUGGUUUCACAGCAGUGUUAGAGUUUAGUUUUAUUUAAAAGUAACUGGGCUUUGUGCUGUGGAUUUUGGCCUCUCAGGAGUGAGUUUGGUGGGAUUCUGUGUUCCCUGCAAUUUCCUCUUGAUCUCUGGGUGUAGACACUAAUGAAGCUCAUCCAUGGAUGAGCUGGAGGAUUGCUGAAGUUCUGACUUUCUAGGAGCCAGUUUUUGUGAGUGACUGAAUAAAUCAUUAUAAAUCAGCUCAUUAAUAACCGAAUGGGGUAAAAUCCCCAAAAUUUGGUUCAGUUCUCAGUUAUUAUUUAAUGAAGCUCCUCCAAAAGUGUGAAGUACAGGGUAAAUGGCUGCUUUUGAGAAGGUAUUUCACUACAUCCUGUACUGCAGAUCCACGGCCACUAUUGCUGUUGUGGCCUGGCAGGGGUUUCACUGUGCAGGGAUGCUGGAACGGCUUCUCCCUUGUUGAUGGGAGGGGAGCUGUGUGCUUCCCAGACUAUGUCUGCAAACCUGGGAUCAUCAGGAAGUUCAGGCAGGGGAAGAGCCCCGUGCUGGAUGCUGGUCAUGCUGUAGGGAAGAGCAAUGCCAGGCACCCCCUCCCUUGAGGAGAUGAGCUGAGGAGCGAGGGGAAGCAUCUUCUUGCAAAAUUGCUAAUUAAGCACUUGUUAAGGUGACUGUUUAAUUCUUGGUUUCCCUUUUGGCUUCCCUGCCAGUCCCCUCACAGAUCCACCUUCCCCACACCCAUCCAUUGGCCCCUUCCCCACAGGGGGAGUGUUGGGAGGGAGUUCCUCAAGGUGAUUUGUGGUGUCAGUGCUUCGUGUCUGAGAACUUUGGGCUUGGCUGGAGCCAGGACAGGGGCGUUGCUGGAUUUGGAGGGGAGAGAGGCUGACAAGAGUUCAUUUUGAGAUUUUUGCACAUGGCAGUGCUAUGACCCUACAGCACCAGGUGAAGGGUGGCUGCUCCUCCCUCCCACCUAAAUAUCCCCAGAAGAGCAGUUGCUUUGGAUUUGUCCGUGCGCUGCCUCUGCAGAUGCAUCUUAAAACUCCCUGUGGCUGCUCUUCCACCAAAGCUCCCUGUGGGAUUUUGGAGAGCCCAGGAUUGCAGGGCAGGUCUGUAUCAAAGGGCAUAUUCUUUUCUCUAAGGUUCUUAGGAGUGCACAGGUUAUGGUUGUGUUUUUCCCACAUUUUUGGAUGUGCUGUUGUACCGGGAGCUUUAGUUUUGUUUUUCCCCCCCCCCUUCUUUAAGCACAACUAAACCACCUGCUGGAAUAACUACUACCUGCUCAUCAGCAGGGAUUGCAGAUCCUGUCUGAGAAUUGUCCACAAGAACUAAAUUGAAACUUUUCUGGCCAUCUUGUGGGGUUUUUUUGAGCGUGCUUGGCAAGCAUGAAUGGUGAACAGGUCAGCAGGCAAAGCUUGGGAGCCUCUAAUCCCCUGGCUGGUGCUGUUUGUGUUUGCUUUGUUAGGUUAGAUUUCCUGUCAGGGGAAAAAAAAAUAUAAUGUGGACUCUUUUCUGUAUUUAUCAGCUUUUCCUGGUUUUAAAUCCAUGAACAGAGGAACUUUACUCGUGCCAGUAUCUGUAAAAUUGCACAUUUUUGCCUGCCAUGUACUUGACUCAGAGCAGGUCAGGGCUGGGCUUUCGGGACAUGCAAAAUCUCAGCUACGGGGUCAUGUGCUGUGGGUUGGAUCACAGUCCUCCUGUAUCAGCAGGACAUGCAAUGAAGUUUCUUUCUAGAUUUCACCAAAGUUAAUUCUGCAUCAGCUGUGAGAUGCUCAGAUGCAACUGUUUCUGUGCUAUUGAAAAAAAUACAUAUAUUGACCCAAAUUUUGGUAUUCCUGAUAUGUUUCCUCAUGUAACUUAAUAUGACUGAGCCCUUCAAUUGCUCAUCUCAUAAGUGGCAUCUUUGUAAUUUCAUUUUAAAGCAAACAAAACAAGGGGGGAAAAAACCCCCAAACAAACCAUCAAAAACCAUUAAGGAGUGAGUUUCAGAAACACGUAUCUUGGAAAAUCAAGUUUUCACUGAGGUGCAAUGAGGAAUUACAUUUGCAAAGUUCUGUGCUAUCCUGAAGAGUGUUACCGCUUGCUUUCUGUAAUUUGUUGAUCAAGUUUAGUAGAUUUUACAGAUGUGUGUGUGUGUGUGUGUAUCCAUUUGUGUGUGUGAGUUUACACACAGUUAGUGAAAGGCGACAGUUUAUAGACUGUCUAUAAAAGAUAGAAAGGCAGUAUUUUGCUGGAAAUAAUAAGCACAAUUUCCCUGGCUUACUCAGUGUUUUAUUAGUUUGUACAAUCACAAAAGUCUCAGCAUUUAGGGCAGUUGAUAAAUGAAGAUCCAGCCCCAAUUUCUGUGCAGCAAAGUGGUUAAUUCGAUCUCGGGAGGGCAAGAUGGAAAACAGAAUGUAUUCAUUAAAUCCAUAUUUCCUUUUUCUCUUUAAUCCUGGUACAUUGCACAUUUAACUGACGUCUGUUAAGGUUUUAAUCUUUUGUUUAAUAGUUUCUAAAUCUUAUUUUUUUUAAUAAAAUAACUGAAAAAGAACCAAAAAUCAACUCAAAAGUUUCAUAUUGUAAAUGUUCCCUUGAAGAAUCAAAAUGUUUUUAUGGCCACUUAAAGUUUACUAUUUUUUGUUGGGAGGGGGGGAAAGAAAAAGCUCUGAUGUUAAGGUCGUUUCAAGUGGUACUAAAUGUGUACUUAGUUUGUGUGUGUGUUGCAUCUGUGCUGAACUGUCUUGUGCUUGCAUAUAACCAAUGUAGUGCUGGCUGGGUAAGAGUAGCACUUGUAAUGCAAAAACAGACCCAGAAAUACCCUCAACUGACUUCUGAGUGCAUCCCUGGUGUUGUAGGAUUUCCCACACGGGUUGUACAUGUUGCUUUAUGUUCCUCCAGCCGUGGGGUGUCUCGAGGGGGGUGUGUGUGUGUGUAGUUCACCUCCCGUGUUUAUCUCGUAGGGGAGCAUUUGUGUGGCGACGCCACUUUAAACUAAGCCUUAACAAAACGAUGGAUUAGUCAGAUUUUUCUCUCAGAGUAUGCAAAAAUACUGUUUAACACGGGGAGGUGUAAAGCUUAAAUGUUAGUAAAGGAAGUCUUCUCACCUGGGGAAUAGGGGGCACCCGCAGCUCUAUACUGUGAUGCCUCUUCAGGCACUGGCUGUCCUGGGCUCUCGGGUUCCUCUGGCAGCCAACGCCAAACAGGCUUUCCCAAAUCCCAGCUUUUUGUUGUUGAACAUACUCUCCUCCCUCCCCCCUGCCAGCAAAAUCUCUGCCUGAAGGAGGAUUGUGAUUUUAACACUUAAAUUUACAUCCAAAAAAAA